AGCCAAUCCUCCUCGAACCCAGUUUGUCAGAUAACUGUCAGCGAGCACGUGUGUUUACCACGCUCAAUGUUUGCUGCUACAUAUGUGACAGCUCCAGGCUGAAGUGUUGCAUGUCUUGGAGAAUUAUUAGCAACGAUGGAAAAGUCAACUGCAAAGAUACCUGACAUAAAGGAAAUAAAGCACAAAAAGGCGAAAAAGGAUAAAGAGAAUGAUUCAAGAAGUGCAGAACCCGCUGCUCCUGAGGUCGGCGACAUCGAUGUUAGCAAGUUGAUUGAGAAGCAACAGGAAGCCUUCAAUGUAAUCGAACAGAAAAAGGAGCUGCUAGUCUCGAAUCAACUAUCCUAUUUGGAAUAUAUCGAAAUGCAAGAAGAGAUCGGGAGACUGAAUCAACUCCGCAAUAAUUUUCAGUCGAGAAUCAAUGCUUUGCGGAAGCAACGGAAAAAGAAUGAAAUGAGUGGCAGUAAGUGAUUUUAUACACAAAACUGAAGAAAAGAUAUUAACUGACUGUCGAAUAAAAGUGCAAAUUAGUUAGUGUUAAGUUUGUUUGUAGACGUAAAUUGGUAUGAAUGUGGUUGAAUCUUAAUGCUCCCAAACUUUUAGGCUAAAUAAACAUCGAUUUAAUUUCUUAUCACAUUA